AUGGAAACGGUGGGCCUCGAAGACCGCGUCGCUCUGGAGGCGUUGGCCAAGAAGCUACCGCGUGUGCUCAUCGUCUCUCGUCGCCACGUGCGAAAACAAAAGUUCGUUGAUUUUGUUGGCGAGUUUCAUCUGGAACUCGUCCUCGGCGGGGGAGCCGUGCCGGUCAUCGUGCCGCGAGUUCCGCGCAUGAUCGACUGCUUGGACUCGUAUGAACCGUUCCACGGUCUCUUGCUUUGUGAGGGUGAAGACAUUGACCCCAAAUUCUACAAGCACUACGAAAAUCAGGGCGGUGUGCUUGCCGAUCAGGAAACGCUGCGUCGAAUUCGGGAACGGCACGCUGAAGACACCACCUACGAUACAGCGAAGGACUCGAUCGAGUUCGAGUUGGCUCGCCGCUGCCUCCAGCGCGGCAUUCCCUAUUUGGGCAUCUGUCGAGGAAGCCAGGUCAUGAACGUCGCCUGCGGUGGUACCCUCUACGCCGAUAUCGAAGCCGAGCUCGGUGACACCGUCAAGCACAUCGACUAUAACAACUACGACGGCCACCGUCAUCGGAUUCGAAUCGUGCGCGAUACACCGCUCUAUCAAUGGUUCGAGGAAGAUGAGCUCUGGGUCAAUUCGUAUCAUCACCAGGGCGUGAAGAAGCUGGCACCGCGUCUGAAGCCGAUGGCGCACGCCGAUGACGGCCUCGUGGAGGCCUUCUACGACCCAAACUGUUUCGAUCCAACACAGGGACGCUUUCUGGUGGGUCUUCAGUUCCAUCCCGAACGGAUGGUAAAUGUGGAGCUUGCAUUACGCGAAGGUCGUAUGGAAUACGAGUACCGGGGGUGCCCGAAGGUUUACCAUACCUUUAUUCAGGCUGUUUUGUCCUAUUUCGAACGGGAACAUGUCGCAGCCGGACUGCACGGGUGCACUGCAGGCGCUGCGACGCCCGCGGUCGAUCCUCGACAGCGGGCCACAGGCCUGGUGCCGACUGGCGAGCUCGAGGCCGCACGCUUGCGACUUGUGCGCAGUUUUGAACGCGCUGCGGACCUUUAUUAUCGCUCUCAAGUGACUUGUAUGAACGAUGACGCCAUUGAACUGGGAACCUCGUUUCUGCUUGAUCCAACGGGCCUGGCUGAGAUCACCCGACGACUGGCAGCUGCUGGUGCGACAGUGCACGGUGGCAGGUAUUACUAUCGUAAGGACAAAGAUGUCUCAAUGAGGAAGCGGCACCUCUUGCUCCAGACGGAAUCUCAAACGCAUGCCGAGCCGCUGAACUCCUCCGACGUGCUCCGGGACACGAUUCGCACACUGCUCGAGCGAGUCGGCAAUGCUGCGCUCGAUUCAGCGGUAUUCGAAAAGGUGCUCUUAGACUCGGUUUCCGAGAUGUCCGCCGAAGAGCUGGAUCGACUGCAGCAGCUGGCACAAGCACUGCUGGAAGCCGCUCGCAAGCGUCGCGCCGAACUGCAAGCCUUGCGCAUACCGCAGCGUGUGAGCGGCGAUCCCGCUGAUCCGCGGCAGCGGUCAAGCUCAUGCAACGCAUUGGGGCCAUGA